AUGGUUCAAACUAAAGACUUGGUUCAUAUUCAUAAUAAGGCAGUAGUCAUUGAUAAAUUGACAACAAUCUUAAAAGAUGGACCUAGUCAACUACAUUUUAUAAGCGACUUUGAUAUGACUAUGUCACGUCAUUGGAUUAGAAACAAGGCUACAGACGCAUUAGAGCGAAACUCUUCGUCACACGGUAUUCCUGCUAGAUAUGACAAGAUGACACCCGAGUAUAAACAAGAGACAGCCCGUAUCUAUAACAAGUAUUACCCAAUCGAGAUAAAUCAAAACAUGACGCAUGAUGAAAAGGUACCUUAUAUGAUCCAGUGGUGGACAGAGGCACACGAGAGCAUUAUAAAGCAAAGAAUAUCCAAAAAAGAUAUUGAAGCCAUGACAGAACAAGUUAAACUUGAACUAAGACCAGGAGUUGAUCAAGUGUUGACCGAAUGUCAGAAAGCAUCUAUUCCCUUUCUUGUCUUUUCUGCAGGUAUUGGAAACAUCAUUGAAGUGAUACUGAAGAGAGUGGGUCUAUACUUUGAUAAUAUGCAUAUUGUGAGCAACAUGAUGAUCUUUGAUGAACAAGAUAUAUGUAUAGGCUUCAAAGAUCCCUUGAUUCACGUAUUCAACAAGUCAGAAUUUCAAUUAGAGACAUCACCUUAUCAUAAACUGAUCGAACAACGAACGAAUGUGAUCCUGAUGGGAGACAGUCUGGGUGAUUUACAGAUGAGUCAAGGAGUGGACCAUACCAUCUGCUUGACCAUUGGAUUUUUAAAUCAUGACUUCAAUUCACUCAGAGACAGCUACUUGAACGCAUUUGAUAUCGUCAUUGAAGGGGAUGCGAAUAUGCAACCGGUGAUCGAGCUGCUUCAAUCAUUCAAUAAAUAA